GCCGUCUUACGGUGUGGAAUCUUCCCUGAUCAUGGGCUCUGCCUACCUGAUGUCAGCGACACCCUUGGCUACAGUCACCAAAAAGCCACUGAAAAUUUCAACCCUGGAUCAAGCCUUCCGUUCUCCCCGAUCACCAAGGUUGCUGCAUUGCCCUCUAUCGGCGGCCUAGAGUUUUGCCAGACCUUGGACCCAGAAGUUUCUUCCUCUAUCCUGAUGGUCCGGAGUUUCAGUUUCAUUUCUCUUGGCCUCGGGAGAGGGAGGGGCUGCUGGUGGGCUGAACCCGGGUGCUGAGCAAAGCCUGCCCCUGGCUUUUCCUCACAGCUUCAACCUGGAGGGCUCAGAGGUGAGGGUCCAAAGGAUACGAAGUGACCGUGCUCUUCUAAGUUGCCUUUCAGAUUGCUAUACCGUCAUUUUAUAAUCUGCCUAGCCAUCCAGCAGUCCGUAAGAAAGAAGAGCCUCAGAAGUUAGGGCAAGAAAAGGCAGGGAAGCAGUAGAAUGGCUUCAACAGUUCCGAUGAAUGGAGAGAAGGAGGCCAUUUGCCCUGUCUGCCAAGAACUUUUGAAAGAACCCGUGAGCCUAGGCUGUGGCCACAAUGCAUGCCAAGCCUGCAUCACCACGAACAAGAAGAAUGCAGUGAUCAACCCCAGAGGGAGAAGCAACUGUCCCGUGUGUGGUACUAGAUUCUCAUUUGAAAAUCUACAGGUUAAUCAACAUCUAGCAAACGUAGUAGAGAGACUCAGGGAAGGCAAGUUGAACCUGGACGUUGGAGAAAAAAGAGAUCUCUGUAUCCACCAUGGAGAGAAACUCCUUCUCUUCUGUAAGGAAGAUAGAAAGAUCAUUUGCUGGGUUUGUGAGCGUUCUCAGGAGCAUCGUGGUCACCACACUUUCCUCCGGGAGGAAGCAGUCAAGGAAUGUCAGGAGAAUCUCCAGAAUGCUCUCAGGAGGCUGAGGAAGGAGCAGGAGAAGGCAGAGAAAUUGGAAGCUGACAUUGAAGAAGACAGAAUUUCCUGGAAGUGCCAGAUCCAGACUGAGAGACAGAGGAUACAAACGGGUUUUGAUCAGCUCAGAAGAAUCCUGGACGAGGAGGAGCAGAGAGAGCUGAAAAAACUUGGGGAAGAGGAGCAGCUGAUACUCGCCAGCCUGGCGGAGGCAGAAGCUGAGCUGGCUCAUCAGAGCCAGGUGGUGCAGGAACUUAUUUCAGAUCUGGAGCUUCGGUGCCGGUGGCCAGCGGCGGAGCUGCUGCAGGAUAUGAGCGGUACCUUGAAAUGGAGUCAAAUCUGGACGUUGAAGAAGCCAAAAGCGGUUUCUAGUAAACUGAAGAAGAUAUUCCAAGCUCCUGAUCUGAGCGACAUGCUCCGACAGUUUAGAGAGUUAACAGCUGUCCGGGGCUAUUGGGCGGAUUUCACAUUUAAUCCAGAAAACCUAAAUUUGAAUCUUAUUCUUUCAGAAGAUCACAGACAAGUGACAUCUGUGCCUAUUUGGCCAUUUAAGUGUUAUAAUAAUGGUAUCUUGGGCGCCAAAUGUUUCUCCUCAGGGAAACAUUACUGGGAAGUGGAUGUGUCUAAGAAGAAUGCCUGGACGCUGGGAGUUUACGUUAGAAAACGUACUUUAAAGUUUGAUGUCAGGAGAGGCAAAAAUAAGCCAAAUGUUUGCCACAGAUAUAAACCUCAGAAUGGCUACUGGGUUAUAGGGUUACAGGAUGGAUCAAAGUAUAGUGUCUUUGAGGAUUCUUCCAACUGUGACCCUACCGUUCUGACCCCCUUUGUGGCUGCCCCUCUCCAGCGGGUUGGGGUUUUCCUUGACUGUGAAGAGGGCAUGGUGUCCUUCUUCAAUGUCACAAACCAUGGGUCACUCAUUUACACGUUCUCUCAAUGCUGCUUUCCCCACCCUGCUUAUCCAUACUUUAAUCCUUGGGACUGCCCAGUUCCCAUGACCCUGUGCCGUCUGAACUCCUGAGUUUGCUCAUUCUCAUCCAUUUCUGAUAUUACUGCUUGCCUUGAGGCUCGCCUUCAUCUGGACAUACCCGUGCCAUUCAAGCAUUUCUUCCCAUGGUCUCCCUUCUGUACUUUAAUACUUUAAGUCGUGCUUAGAUGUGGUGAAUCUGGAAUCAUUUAGGAGAGAUGCUUACCCAUUUACUCUUGUUGAUAUCCUCAAAGACAGCUCAAAUCAAGCCGAGGGCUAGCUAGACCAAUCAGUAUAACAUCUAUGCCCUCUGACUUCUGUAUUUCCCUCUGUCUUCAAGAAAUGUGACAAAGCCAGUUAGCCACUCUUCCCUGUUAUUUAAACAAUCCAUAAGAACUGGCCUAGAAACCAUUACUAAUGAGAAUGUGUCGAUUUGCCCAAGAUAUCUCAUGUUCAACAGGGAGUCAAGGAAUAGAAAAUGUAAGCAGUAAUGAGCCUAGAGUAGAGUUAUUUCUGGUCUACAAAUUCAAGUCCUUUCUUUCACUAUAACAAAUACAGAGGUUUUUAAACUGUAAAUUGAAAUGCAUGUAACUUAAGAUGGUGUAUGAAACCAAGUAUCAGUAAAUAUAGAAUACUAACUUGACUGUCUUGUACAUAAUAAGGAUAUUUAUGAUUUCUGGACAUUAUAAGCCACAUGACUUAUUGGGCCUCAUGAGGCCUGGGCAUGAUGCCCAGUGUAACCUGCUGAGCCUAACUUGAGCUGGCGUGCAGCCUAGUGUAACUUCCUGAGCCUAGCUCGAGUUUGGAGACCUUUCUUUGACUAUAACUUCCGCACAGAAAGGGACUCAGCACAACCCGACCUAGGCCCGCCUCUGCCCAGCUACCACUAACGUGGCAGAAUAUUACUGGCCCUUGUUCCUUGCUCCACCUUGGCCCAUCCCAGGCUUUCCCCUCCACCCCAUAUCUCAGCCUAUACAAGUUCCUGCCUUAUAAUACAAUUAAACAAGACCUUGCUUUGA